AUGGCGGGACCCGAGGAAUGGAGACACACCUGUCAGCAGAAACGGCAACACUUCCUGGGCCCCUUGGUUUGGGCAGGUAAAUCAUGCCUGCAUUAUCCAGUGCCUUCCUUGUACCUUGAAGAGCAGAACUCUGCUGCUGUUAAUUUGGUGGUAUUGAAGAGUGGUGGCUCCUGUUUCCAUAAAGACCAGAAUCUGACAGAAUUUUCUGUGUUUGAAUUUGUGCCCAUUGUUUCUUGCCCUGUCACUGGGCUCCAUGUUCUUUACUCCCACCAUCAGCACACAUGUCUUGUUAACACAUCUUGAAAUGGAGAGUAUCAUCAUGAGGUGAUCAGUGCUGCAGAAACGAUUGUCCUUCCCUCUCUGAUUGGGAUUAUCUGUUCAACAGGUUUAGUUGGAAAUAUCGUCAUUGUGUUCACAAUAAUAAGUACUCAGAAGAAAACUAUCCCAGAUAUUGACAUCUGCAAUCUGGCUAUAGCAACUUUGAUUCAUAUCAUUGGCGUACCCUUUCUCAUUCACCAGCGGGCAUGUGGAGGCAAGUGGGUGUUUGGCAGCCUUCUUUGUACAAUCAUUACCUCACUGGAUACGUGCAACCAGUUUACAUGCAGUGCCGUUAUGGCUGUAAUGAGUCUGGACAGGUAUACACAUUACCUUACUAUAAUGACCUUCUUUUUUCCUUUACCACUGAUAUUUAUUCGCCAUGCUUUAAUUUUAUGUUCCACAUAGGAGAUGUAUCAGCAAAACAAGAAAGCAGGAAGCUGUAACACCAGCAUCCCCAGGCAGAGAGUCAUGCGGCUCACUGAGAUGGUGCUCAUUCUUGUCAGCGUGUUUGUGGUAAGCGCUGCCCCCUUCCAGGUGAUACAGCUCCUGAAUAUUCAGAUUUCUCAGCUGACACUCACCUUCUACGUGAGCUACUGUGUGUCCUCCUGCCUCAGCUACGCCAGCAGCAGCAUUAAUCCAUUUCUCUACAUCCUGCCUAGUGGGAACUUUUGGAAGUGUCUCCAGCAGUGCAUAAACGUGGAAGUCAAGGUGAGAAUGACAGAACGGGAAAUUAAUCAUGUCAAAGACACUCUGAAGUCAAGUUUUUGA